GAAGUACCAAAACACCGAGUGAUUUUACUGUUUAGAAGCGUCUUCCGACCGGCCGUAGACCCGCUCUCCGCUCGCUUCGCUGACUACCAACAUUGCGUUGUGGCGGGUGGUAAGAGCCUGGCCUGGGUCUGGCAUAACAUAAUCAUUGCCGCAAACGUUUGCAGCUAGCCCAAGAAACUGCUGGCCAUUCAGUUUCGCGAGAAUUAAAUUCCGGACCCGAAAUCAGCACUAGCAUCGCGUCGUUAUCUCCAGUUUCUCAGUGCAGGCAAUUAUCUUCUAGCGAUGGCGGUGAACAGGGAGAGAGCAAGCGGCGUAACCGUGGUACUGGGAGCUCAGUGGGGCGACGAAGGCAAAGGUAAGCUGGUGGACAUGCUGGCUGAAGAGGCGCAGGCGGUGUGUAGGUGCCAAGGCGGUAACAACGCCGGACACACGGUCAUCGUCGGCGAAGCCAAGUACGAUUUCCAUUUGCUGCCCAGCGGCAUAGUGCGCGAGGACUGUGUGUCCAUCAUCGGCAAUGGAGUGGUGGUCCACGUUCCAGGACUGUUCGCUGAGAUAGAGAAGAACGUAGAGAAGGGUCUGCGAGGCUGGGAGAAACGCUUGCGCGUCUCCACUCGUGCGCAUCUGGUGUUCGAUUUCCACCAAGAGAUGGACGGCCUGCAGGAGGAAGAGAAGGGGAAAGGCAGCAUUGGCACGACGAAGAAGGGCAUUGGCCCGUGCUAUGCAUCCAAGGCUAACAGGAUAGGCCUGCGUGUUGGCGACUUGGUGGGUGACUAUGACGAUUUCUCACGGCGUCUUCGGCAACUGUUUGCGGCGUGCACAAUACGCUUUCCGCGCCUGGUGGAGCUGUGCAACAUCGACGAGGAGGUGCAGCGGUACCGAGAACUGGCCGAGAGAAUGCGCCCGCUGGUGUGCGACACAGUGAUGCUGGUGCACGAUCUGGUGGUGCGCCAGAAAGCCGUGGUGAUCGUGGAGGGAGCCAACGCCGCCAUGCUCGACAUUGACUUUGGCACGUACCCGUACGUGACCUCGUCGAACUGCACGGUGGGAGCGGUGUGCACCGGGCUGGGUGUGCCGCCGCGGCUGAUCCACAACGUGCACGGCGUGACCAAGGCGUACACGACGCGCGUCGGCGGCGGUGCCUUCCCCACGGAGCAGGAGAACGACGUGGGGCAGCUGCUGCGCGACCGCGGCCACGAGUACGGCGUGACGACGGGCCGGCCGCGCCGCUGCGGCUGGCUGGACAUGGUGGCUCUGCGCUACAGCGCUAUCGUCAACGGCUACACGUCCCUGGCCGUCACCAAACUCGACAUCCUGGACGUGCUGGACGAGAUCAAGAUCGGGAUCAAGUACACGGACUGCACCACUGGAGAAGAGCUGGCGAGCCCACCGGAUCAGUUAGCAGUGCUGAAGAAUGUUGAAGUCACGUACAUCACGCUGCAAGGCUGGAAACAGGAUAUCACCAAGUGUACGACAUUCGACUCGUUGCCGCCGCUCGCGCAGGCGUACGUAAAGAAGAUGGAAGAGCUCGUCGAGGUGCCUGUUCAGUGGGUGGGUGUCGGACCGGAGCGCGACUCCACUAUCUGCAUCUUCUAAGCCAGCCGAUUCCACGCUAGCUGCCACGGCCGCUGGGGGUUCAUUUGCCGGUGACGGCUGUGUGCGGGAGAAUCCAAUCGCAUUGCAGCUCGCACCUGCUUGCCCGACCCCAUGUGUGUCCAGUUUUAGUCUUCGAUGCAAACAUGGUGUAGCCAACAGCCAAUAGUGAACAUUGAGUGUAGCGCUUUUGACAGAUGUAAUUCGGCCGCCUGCAUGGAGUCUUGCAAUACUGUUUUGCUGGUCGGUUGUGAUCUGUGAAGGAAAAAAGAAGUUGCUUUCCAGGAAGCAUCGAUGAGAGAGAAGGUGGAUAUGUACAAGUAUUUGUUUGAUUUUUAUGACCGUUCUGCUUCGAGGUACUACUAUCUGCUGUGUUGGAGUGGAUUAUUGCCCCCUUCGAGCAUGAUCUAAUAACUUGUCCUCUGUGUGUGUGCCGCGCGCAGAGGUGUUGUUCUGCCUAUCACGAGCACACUUGUUGGACCAUUGAAAUAAUCAAUACUAAUCUACUUGCGAGUUGUUGGACGUGAACAAUAUACAUACAAGGCGAUGACGCCUUAACAAUGUUGUGCUACUCGAUCUCGAUACGGACUGUUACCGUUUUUGGCUAUGCCUCCAAGAAUGUGACUGUGUACUUAUUCUAUGAUACCCCCCCCCCCCACUGCUCACACAUACGCACAGAUAUGCUAGAGACGCCUGGCUUUGUUCAGUAGUACAUGACCAAAAUUGAUUUGAACGAGUACAUGUCUUGUUCGAAUUAAUAUUGUGUACAGUGCACUUCCUGACACGGGCUGUGUACGGAGGUACGUCGUGCAUUAGGCUGUCGUUCAUGUCGUUGUGUACUUUCAUGUACACAACACCAUGAACGACAACAAAGCACGGUUGCGCAUGAGAGAGAGUGUGUGUGUGUGUGUGCCGCUCAGAGGUGGUGGCCUGCCACUGUUCUCCCAGAUGUCAUGCUGUACUGCUGCACAUUCCACUAGUAUUCGAUCAAGUCCGAUAUCUAUUGCACACUGUUUUAUCAUCUCCAUAAUGUACAUACUGCUUGUGCUUGUGAUUAUGUUCACGAGAUGAUCAGAGGUCAUCGAUGUUGCCAAUACUCGGUGUUCUGCUUGAUGUAUGCUACCACUAUGAUUCUGAAUGAUGAUCCUAAUGCUGGACUGUCAA